CCUUGGCCUGUCCAUCGUGAACCGAAGCACCACACCCACCCAGUGACUUCAAUUUCCCACAACCUAUAAAUCACCCCAAGCACAAUGACGGUCCCGAACGGAUCCCACAAAGCCGUCCCCAGUCGACUAUUCCAUCCUGAAACUCCAAAUCUGGAAGACUUCAAGAAAAUCUGCUCCCAAACCACCACCAAAUCUACCUACCCACUAGCAGCAUCUGUAGACCAAAACAUCCCCAUCUACGAUGCCCGAACCCUCGACCUCCACAACACUGACCUCGCUACCACCCUCCAAGACGAAUGGUACCACAUCCUCAGCACAGGACCAGGCAUCUUCGUCCUAAAAAGAAUGUACAACCCAGCCCAAUACGCCGACACCCUGAACACAACCAACAAAGCCUUCACGAGCAUCAUCACCCGCGAACGCGCAUCCGCAACCACAAAAGGCGACCACUUCGCCGCCAGCGGCAAAAACGACCGCAUCUGGAACUCCUUCAGCAAACACGCCCUCGAAGACCCAACCUCUUUCAUUAAUUACUACUCCAAUCCCUGGCUCCGCCUCGUCAGUGAAACCUGGCUUGGCCCCGCCUACCGCGUCACCGCGCAAGUUAACGUCGUCAAACCCGGCGGCGCCGCCCAGGACAGUCACCGCGAUUACCACCUCGGCUUCCAGGACUUGCACACCUGUGCUGCUUACCCCAGGAACAUCCAGCUCGCGAGCCAGCAUCUUACUCUCCAGGGUGCGGUCGCGCAUAGCGACAUGCCCCUGCAGAGCGGACCCACCCGGUUCUUGCCGUUCAGCCAGACCUACGAGCCGGGGUAUCUUGCCUGGCGUAAGGAGGACUUCCGGGCUUUCUUCCAGGAGAGGUAUGUAGCGCUGCCGUUGGAGUUCGGGGAUGGGCUGUUUUUUAACCCUGCCGUUUUCCAUGCCGCGGGGGCCAAUGAGACCGAGCCCGGUCCGGAUGGUGGAUUUCAUCGGAAGGCGAACUUGCUGCAGAUUAGUAGUGGGUUGGGGAAGGCGAUGGAGAGUAUUGAUUCCGUUCCGAUUGUGGAGAAGUGCUGGGGGACGCUGGUGAAGAGGGUUCAGGGUGCUGGUGGGCAGUUGGAUGGUGAGUUGGAGAAUUUUGUGCGUGCUGUUGCCGAUGGGUAUCCGUUUCCGACGAAUUUGGAUAAAAGGCCACCGGCGCCGAAUGGGAUGGCGCCUGAGAGUGAGCAGGAGAUUAUUGUUAGGGGGUUGAAGGAGGGGUGGGGGACGGAGAGGGCUGUGGAGGAGUUGAGGAGGAUGAAGGCGGAUUCUUGUGCUUGAUGUUUAUUUAGUAUUCGUUGAGUGGUGG